AGUCAGUCUCGCUGAGGUUUUCGCGGCGAUAAGACCAACGAUGACGAGAACGACGACGACGAUAAGGACGAUGACGCGAUUCAUCUCGAGCCUCUGAUAUAAGAUGUGGAGAAUCGAGUGAUGAAUUAAAAGAAAAAAUAAUUUGUGAAGUAGUGACGCACAGUAGACACACAACGCAAGCACAUCGUCGAAUAUAUCAUCAUGAAGAUGACGAGCGCGAUGCGGAUCCUCCUAGGAUGCAUCAUCUGCCUUCUGUCAGUGGUGAACGCGAGGACCGCGAUAAUGCCGCCGCCGUGGGCCGAUCCCUCGAGCAAUCCAUGCGCCGCGCAACCGCGCGGUUGGCAGUUGCUAUACUGGCCGGCCGAUGGGAAAUGCUACAAAAUAUUCCAGAUCGGCGCUCCGUGUCCGGAAACCAUGGAACUGGGUCCCGCGGCUGACGGCGGCGGAACGAUCGCGGAAUGCCGAUGUCCCCCGGGAACCGCGCAAUCGCCCAGGGACGCCCUGUGCCAUCCGAUAUUCACGAGAGCGUCCUGCUCGGAGGGUCAAUUCUUCGCACCAGUGCCCGAGACGUCCAAUAAACUGGGGUCCAAGCGACGAUGGGGAGUCUGUCGCGAUCCCGAACCCUGUGACGAGCGAGGCGAGAUCUACUGGCCUAGAGAUGGUAAAUGCUAUCCGCGGCUUAGCAGAGGUCCUUGUCCGCGUGGCGAGCUCCUGGUCGUGGGUGAGAACGGUUUAGCGACUUGCUCGUGCUCGACGACUGGCGAACUGAGCAGGUACCAUUGGCUGGGGAAUGGCGGCGGUUGCUACGAGCACUACACCAAGGGUCCGUGCUCGGAAUCGGGAGAACUGUUCCUACCGGGUGGCACAUGCGGCUGCCAUUCUCAAUUACCUCACUACCACGAACCGAGCGAAAUGUGCUAUCAACUGGGAGGCGUCGGUCCAUGUUCGCAAGGACAUCAUUUUGUGGUAACUAUGGACGUCCGAGCAUCGACGCAGGAGGAUGUUGUGCGAGCCAGUUGUGUGUGUAAAUCUGGUCAUGUGUUAUAUAAGAACGGACAGUGCUAUCGGUUGCACACGAGAGGACCCUGCGAGAGCGGUUACAUGCUGAUCAAUUCGUCGACCUGCGUUCCCGUGCCGUGUAAACGCGGUAGAUUAUACUUUCCUCAAGAGAAGACUUGCUACAAGAUUGGCACACGAGGACCAUGUCCAAACGGGCAGAUAGUGUUAUACGACUAUAAUGUAAGGCCGUCCCUCGACGGGAUCGGAUAUAACGGCGUGUGCGGGUGCACCAGUGUCAUGAGAGACGCUGGCAAAUGCGUGGGAGUCGACAGUGACAACGACUGCGAGAGCACACCAGGUAUGGUGAUGAUCAAUAAAACCUGUUACAAACUGUACACGCAGGGCCCGUGCACCGCAGGCGAGUGGUUGGUAGCGCAAAGAAUGCCGAGGAACGGUCGGUUGUGGCGAGAAGGGAAGUCGCGACCCAAAGCCAGAUGCGAAUGUCGACCCGGUUAUAAAAGGACCAUUGAGAGCUCGGGAGAGGCUCUGGAGGAACUGGAAAGCAACAGUCUGAUCUCGUUGAAUGGCUGCCAGCCACCCGCGGUGAGCCUGGCAAAAUUUCUCAACGAUAACGUCAAAUCGAUAAUGAUCUGAAUGGCGCAGUGAAUCUGCGCCGUGUAGAACAUUUAUAAUUUAUUACAGAUUUCACGAGAUAAAUUUAUUUUUCUACCUAGCGAAGGACGCGCGCGAUGCGUUUAAACAUUUCAGACAAGAUGGAUUUAAUU